AUGAAUAAUGCUGAUGAAGCAUAUGAUGAUCAUCCAAAUGAACUUGGAGUUGAAAACACACGUGCUGAUAUUGAUGAUGUUGAUGAAAUGGGAGGUAAAAAACAUAUAAAAAUUAAAGGUAUUGUAGUUUUAGAUAAAAAAUAUUCAAAACCAUUAAAUAUUUGUGACUUUUGUGGUUCUUCUCUUUGUGUGGUAUCAGCAUUAUUUACAGAAAAUACUAUUCUAAUAUACCAAAAAAUUACGAUAGAAAAGGAUGUGGUACCUACUGAUAAAAAGAAAAAUGUUGCACGAAAAACUAAAUCCUUUGGAUUUUUUACUGCUUUGAAACAACCUUCAGUAUUUUUGCGAUCACGAAUAGCCGUCAUAAUGAUGGCCCCUAAGGUACAACCUAUAGAAAACAAUAUCAUAAAUAAGGAAUAUAUCAUCAAUUGUAUAUCCUUGUAA